AAAACAAGUUCUAAAUUAAAUUUCUGCUAAACUUCUGUAACUUAAACUGUGCGAAGUAAAUACUUUUAAUUGAUUUUUUAAGUCGCACCAUUAAUUGAUUUUCAAAGUGUAACUGAAAUUCAAAACGCGCAUGUCAACGAAAACAGUUACCAAUGCGCAUAGUCAAAACAUUGCGCAUUUCGAGAGCUAACCUCAUAGAGUCGAUCGAACGACUGCUUGUAGGCGUGAAAGUCUUUCAUUACUUUCAUACUUGUUCUGUAUUUUGGUGCCUAGUGGGUGUGCUAACGAGUGACUUCGGCUGCUUUGUUUUAGCUAGGUGCUAGACACAAAUUCAAGAUGCCUUCAGCCGCACCCCCAGAAAAUGGCGUGCCACGCAGCGAGCUCGAGCAGCUGCAGAUGCGAGCCGGUCAGGUCACAGAUGAGUCGUUGGAGUCGACACGCCGCAUGAUGCAACUAUGUGAGGAGAGCAAGGAGGCCGGCAUUCGAACUCUGGUCGCUCUAGACGACCAGGGAGAGCAAUUGGAUAGGAUCGAGGAGGGCAUGGACCAGAUCAACGCCGAUAUGCGCGAGGCCGAGAAGAAUCUUUCGGGGAUGGAGAAGUGCUGCGGCAUCUGUGUUCUGCCAUGCAAUAAGGGUGCCUCGUUCAAGGAGGACGAUGGCACCUGGAAAGGCAACGACGACGGCAAGGUAGUCAACAACCAACCCCAGCGCGUGAUGGACGAGAGGAACGGCAUCGGCCCGCAGGCUGGUUAUAUAGGCAGAAUAACGAAUGACGCGCGCGAAGACGAGAUGGAAGAGAACAUGGGUCAGGUGAACACUAUGAUCGGAAAUCUGCGCAAUAUGGCGCUUGACAUGGGCUCCGAACUAGAGAACCAGAAUCGCCAGAUCGACCGCAUCAAUCGCAAGGGUGAAUCAAACGAUGAAAGAAUAAGGGUGGCAAACCAGCGCGCGCACGAGCUCCUCAAGUAGACAUCGCAACACAUACACAGAAACAUACACACCAACUAUCUCGUGGUCUUUAAAACCGCCGAUUGCAGAGGUUACAUCUUAAUCUUAAGGAAUUCACAUUUUUUUUUAAUUACUUAAACAUAAAAGCACUUUUUAAGGUUACUUUCUAAGUAUAACCAGUAAAUGACAUUGACAUUUAAUACAGAUUAUAAAUAUUCUACUAACAUUUAACUGUCAGAACUAGCUCGGCCUUAGUCGUUGCCUAACGCUUUCAUAUCGGAAUGGUAUGUUACAAUAUCCUCUCCAAAAGCUUUGCUCAUGCUUUAAAUGCAUGCACUAUGUAAAUAACUAGGCAGGGAAUGUAUAACGUAUUAAUAUCAUAACAAUGUUCUUACACGAGAAAUGUCAUAUCGUAACACAUUUAACCACUUCACACUUCAUUAUCUGUGGAACUAAACUGAUACUAACAAUCCUUGAAUAUUAUUAAAACUCUACAAAAUGUUUUUCAAACAACAAAAAAGUAAGAUCUAUCCAAGCCAAAGCUUAAAACAUAAAAAAAUUAUUUAAAAGUGAAUUUAUUUACAAAUAUCUCGUAAAUUUUUUAAUAAUUAUUUUCCAAAGGAUUUUUUUUUAUAUUAAUGUGGCUUGAAUAGAUUUUUAUAAGUUUGUAUAGAGUAUUACAAAUACAUGAUAGAAUGGAAUAGAAAAAGAAAGAACGAAUUCUGUA